AUGCCUCUCACCACCUGCACCCUACUUUUCAAAAUCCUAGAUCCACUUAUGCUCACAGGCACGCCAACAUGCCCACGACACAAUGCCAACGACCUGCGGGCUGGCAUCCAUCAGUUCCGGAUUAGGCCCCUGCCCGGCCUUGCGCCGCCGCCGCCCGACGAGCGCGCCGCCCUGCACGGCCUGAGCCAGCAGCAGCUGGAGGCGCUCGCCUACAUCUCGGAGGAUGGAGACACGCUGGUGCACCUGGCCAUCAUCCAUUGUCACCCAAUGGUGGCAGUCUGCAUUGCCCACCUGCCCAGAGAGGUGCUGGAAAUCCAGAAUGACUUGUUCCAGACCCCCCUUCACCUAGCUGUGUACCUGGAGCAGCCCAGCGUGGUACAGGCACUAAUGCACAAGGGGGUGAAUCUAGUUCUGCAAGACCGCAACGGCAACACCCCACUGCACUUGGCCUGUGAGCAGCAGAGCUUGCCCUGUGCCCAGCAGCUGCUGCAGGAGUCAGCCCCUGGGCAGUGCCCGCAGGACCUACAGCUCCAGAACUGGCAAGGCCUCACCUGCCUGCACAUCAGUACCCUGAAAGGGAACCUGCAGCUGAUGACACUGCUGCUGCGGAGUGGAGCAGACAUUAAUGUCCAGGAGGGCACAAGUGGAAAGACACCCCUACACCUGGCAGUGGAGUGCCACAACCGCGAGGCAGUCCAGUUUCUCCUGCGCAAGGGGGCCUAUGUGGAUGCCCAGAUGUACAAUGGCUGCACGCCCCUGCACCUGGCUGUGGGCCGGAAAGAUGCCGCUGUUGCUGCCAUCCUGUCCCACUCGGGUGCUGACACCCUGCUGAGGAACAUGGAGGAUGAGACCGCCCAGGACCUGGCUGACGGCAACGAUGAUCUCUUGGCCCUCCUGCCUUUCGAUGACCUGAAGAUCUCGGGGAAGCCUGUCGUGUGCUCUGAAUGAGGGAUCAAACUGACUUCGGGGGCUGCCUCCCCCGCCUCCCUGCUGCUGCUCCCUACUCCUUCAUGGACACCUGUAUGCAGCACACUGAGCUGAUGUGCAUGGAGACACAGCUUGGGCCAUCCUUCCCUUUGUAGCAGAGUGCCUGUGGUCUCUGACUUGCACUCCAAGCAGGGAGCAGCUGGAGGAAGGUAGCACCAUGAACACUACAUUGGCUCCUUGAAUGGUGCUUUGGAACCUCUGGUUUGUGAGAUGGUACCUGUGCUGCAGAGAGAAGGGUCUGGCAUUCCCGCACAUCCUCCCCCCUCAGUUGGGGGCAAUUGGAAGGGGACAUCAGUCUCCACACUGUACUGGAGAGCAGCCAGCAGGUGGAAUUGCUUCUGCCCCAUGCCCCCAAGUAAUAUUGGAGCAAUUGCAGGGCAAGGACCAUCCCUCUUUCCCAAAGAGGCUCUCUGCAACUCCCUUCCUGUUGAAUAAAUUCUUCAUCUUGCUCAGGGCUCUACGCAAUUUCCACAUCCCUUCUCAGCAUUGUGGGGGGCUAUGCACUCACCAGAGCUGUAGGGGCCCUGAGGGGCAGAUUUUCUUCACCUGCCUAGCUCCCAGCUGUGAAGUAGCUGGAGUGGGCAGGAAGGGGGAGUCUUCCUUCAGCUCUUCCACCUCCUCCUGGCACACCAGAGAUGAAGAAUGGGAGCCCCCAGCCCUGCACAUUAUGAGUUGCUGGGGAGAGGCACAAGGCCCCACAUGGGUCCAGGGGAUUUUCCCCCCACCACACUUGCAUAAGCCCAGCAUAGCUCCGAGGGACCCCAGCCUGCUGAGGAGCAGGGCUCUUUCCCCUGUAGACAAGUCCAUUCUGCCUAUCAUCGCCCCCACCCAUGGCUGCUGCUGGACACCGGUAGAGAGGAGGAGCUGUGGUGGGGUCUGGGUUUCCUCCCCAGCGCUGCUGCUGGCUUGCUGCAUCCCUGCAGCCACGCUCCCCCUGCUAUGCCUUGGUUUUCCCCCUCUGAAAAGAGGAUGCAGAGACCCUGUGACCCACCUUCACGGGAAUGCACAAGACACUUGGUGCUUGGAUGUCUGUAUAGAGAUGAGCCUCCAGUAGAAGUGGCUGGAGCAGAGCCAAGGGGUAUUAAUUGGGAGGAUGACAGUCUAUCACUUCCCCUGAUGGUGGAUGCCAUAUGUUCCCUCAACCCCCACUUCAAGAGGGCUGUGUAGGCAAUGAGCGAAGCCUUCAGAAGUCAGCAGGCCAAGCAACUAAGGGAAUGGGAGUGUGUAUGCCAGCUUCAGUGCCCCUGACCCCACCUUGGUUGAGGAAAUUCCCAGCCCACUGGCUGGGAGCGGCUGUUAUUGUUUGGGGCAAGUCCUGGAUGGCGCAACAGCCUGGGAUGCUUAGGAGCGCCUGCUCCUUCCUUCCCCCUUCUUGGAAAGGCACAUGCAAGGGAAACAUGUCAGGAAAGAAGCCAGACUUCCCAGCAGGCACUUCUGCAGCCUCAGCACAGCCUCUCUGGCCUGUUCUAAACCACCAGCCACACUUCUCUUUUGCUCAUGUUCCCUCUUGCCAUAUGCUCAGGUCCUGCUGGGAUCACAGGCACAAUAAAGUGCCAACCCCAAAGCCAAGUGGAAAUUGAUCUUCUGCAUCUCAAACCAGCUCUGUCUUCAUUUGGGGGUGAAAGGCAGGCUUUGUCCCAGAGAGGCCUAGGACUGGAAUGAUGGGAGCAGCUCUGGAUCAGGAAUGAGGGGCAUUGGCAGAGCCCAGCACUAGGACAGCAGGUGGGUGUAGGGGGCUGCAGCUCAGUAAGAAGGGCAGUGAUGAGAGGACUUGUUCACCUUUUUCUACUAAAGGAGCACCCUUUUCAGAUCAAGGGGCACCUCAGAAAGGUGUCCUAUGUUGUCACCCCAUGGCUGCUGGUGGUAUUGCAAUUGUGUUGUGCUUCAGCUUUGCAGUUUCACCAGGGCUCCUGUGCGGCUGCACAUCAUUUGUCAUGGACUCAGCCUCAAUAAGUUCCCAGGCUCCAGUGCAGCAGUGCCCACCCUUUUUCCCCUGUGGGCUGGUUGGAACCUGGACCAGACCAUCCACGGACUGUAUCCAGCUGGUGAACCAGAGCCAGUGCUGCAGGGGCCCAGUGAAGGGCAGGUGGAGCUUGGGCCCGCUCCAGCCAGGUGAGGGUAGGGGGCCAGGCCCUGAUCUGGCUGCAGCCUGGCUCUAAGCUGACCGUGUGGGGGAGGGGGUGAUGCAGCCAAGGCCCAAUCCAGCCACGCAGUAACAGCUUGGCCCCAAUCCGGCCACAAAGGAUAUAGGCAGGAGGGGUGCAGCAUGGCCUGGCCCUGAUCCAGCCACAUAUGGAGGGAGUCAGGCCUUCUCAGGCCUGAUUUGACCACACAGGGCUUGGUAAUUUGGCAGUAGGAGAAGGAUGG